AUGGCGAGAACGAAGGACGACGAAGGCCCGCUGUUCUUCAGGGAUGGUAUCGUUUACCGAGAAUGGGGCUACCGGCUGGCAAACCUCGAGAAAUACCCGAUCGCCGAGAUGUAUUUCGAGAAGGCGAUCCAACAGGGCCAGCAGAACGAUCUCAGGACUUAUCUGGGCCUGGGCAAGGUGCAACUGAAUUACGCCCGGUUCACCAGGGCGCUGAAGACCACCGAGAAGUGCUUGGAACUGGAUCCAACUUACUCCCACGUGAAGCACAUGCAGCUGCUGACGUUGUUUUCCAUCGGCGAGUUCGAGCACAGUUUGGUGCACGCCCAUCAGGGUUACCAAAAGUAUCCGAUCACGUUCUUGCAGCACGGGAUACUGCAGGGCAACGAAGCCAUCGAGGACUGCAUCGGCUCAGACACCGAGCCCCGAGUGCUGCAACUUCUCUCGCCGUGGAUACGCGAGCUCCAGGAGUACCGGAAGCUGCUCAUUGAAAGGCUCAAAGAGGAAGUGGACGAGCUCGCAGGCAUCGAGGAGGAGCAGUCCAAGUUCAAAGUGAACGACCUGAAAGCUCGAGCGGAGGCCGAGUUCAAGAGAUUGCAGUACCUGUUCUCGCAGAUAUACCUCGGUUACCUGGCGCACGACAGCGCGUUUUUGCAACACCUGUACGAGAACCCGGAGAAGCUCGAGUCGCCGAACAAAGAGACGACCGAGCUGCUUCGUGAUUUGAUAACGAGGAACCAUCCGAGAGCCAUUCGCAGGCAGAACGUGUUGCGGAUGCGGCGGCCGUUCUACGUGAUGAUGUUCAAGCGCAAAAGGUUACCACCGGGUCACAAGAGGACGUUGGACGAGGAGAAAAAAUUACGAAGAAGCAUCAUCGUCAUCGAAGCGAACUUCUUGUUGCACCGUUUGCACGAGAUUCGAAUGCGCAGAGACUACGUCAGGUUUUUC